UUUCCAUAUUUUAGAAAGGUCAGCCAAGAGAAAAGGCGUAAUAAAGAUAAAACUGGUUUGUUUACAAGGAGUUUUUCUUAUUAUGCACUUAGAUGUCAGAUAACAGCGGAGAACCAUUAAGUGUUAUUAUAAAGUCAUACUUGGACAAGACUCAUGAUUUUAUUGAUACACAUCCUAGAGCCAUCAGAAACAGUUUUUACGUUGUAGGAGGCACUGGGGUUGCUCUGUUACUUAAGAGCAUUCAUGUUGGCACAUUCUUUAGACAUGGAAAGGAUAUUCCAAAAAGAUUUAUAACUAAAGGUGUUAAACUACAAGGUCAUGUGAAAGAUAUAGAUGUGGAGGGCGUUGUAUAUGUCCAACAUAUUCCUAUUCUCGACCUCAGGUUACCAUGGUUAAAAACACCAAGGACAGAACUUCUGCCCAUGACAUUGGCAUUUGUUGAUUUAACUCCAAAUUGCAAGAAAUGGCUUGAACAGAAUCUUCUUGAUACACAUACUUGGUUCAAAGUUUUAAGAAGAGAAAGAGAUAAAGAUCAAUUGCAGGCAGCUUUGUUUCAUCAAAAGUUUUUGUUUUGGAGGACCUGCAUCAAUGAAAAACUAAUCAAAGAAGGAGUAUGUAAAGUUACAAAUCUCUCUGAUGAGGAAAUGAAAAUGGUGACAGAAAAACAGGUAGAACUUCUGCAUAGAAUGGUAGCCUUAGAAAGAACAGCAGAUAAAAAAGGCAGAGGAAUUUGGAAAGAAGAAAAACCACCUUUUAAGGAGUCUGUAAAGGCAAUGUUAUAUAAAUCAAUGUAUGCACCUGUUGUUUUUGGAAAAUAUUUAUACCAGACUGCUAAAAAUAGAUUUAAGAGAUAGUUGGUCUUUUAAAAAAUAUUUUAUUUUUAAACAUUUGGUGUUCUGUAUACAAAUGAUUUAUAUAUAGAUAUAUGUAUUUAUAUAUUUGUGUAUUUAUAUAAGUAUAUGCAUUUAUAUACAUGAAACAUUAUUUAUCUGUAUAAAAUGGUACUACUAUUAUAUUGUCCUUUAGGUAAAUGUAAAAAAAAAAAAAAAACAUUUUGUAAAGGUGCAUUUAAAGAAGAAUUUAAAUUUGAAUAUAAAUCUUACUUAUAAUGUAUAAAUCUGUAUAGGAGGAACACAAGUUUAAUCUAGAUUUUUUUUAUUAUCAUAUGGGUACAUAUAGUUUUCUUUGAUUAUACUAUUUUAAAUGACUCAUCAAUCUGAGGAAAAUUUCUAGAAGUCAUAAAUACAUCUUUUUUUACCCAACAUUGUAAAUGAUGAUAAUACAUAGAAAAAACCCAAAAUGUAUGAUAUUUAAUGGUUAAAAGCAUUUAUUUAUGUAAAUGUAACAGAAAGUUAUUUAUUUACCCUAUAAUGUCUUAACUGCAUGUACUUGAACAUAUUGUUUUAUGACUUAAUUACUUAUUUGACAUGUUCUUCAAUUAAAUUAUGUAAAGUAGUAAUUACAGCUUUUUGUGAUGUAUUCGUUUGUUUAAUAUGUUGUGUGAGGAAUGUUGAUUGCAAGAGUUAAUAAAAUACGGUUCAUAUGCUUU